UCUACACGGGUAAAUUAGAGCGGCGCACCCAACCACUAGCCUAGAUCUUCUUCACCCAUUAGUCUCCAGUGAUAACGUCAAUGUAACUCACCGCAGAUAUAACUUUAUUAGUUAGCACUAUGCAGUUGCCUGUGCAAAUGUCGGACUUUUUUCAGGCUCCAACACUGAAAGCGUUGGAAGAACAUCAAGGACGCUGGUAGCAAAUGCUAACCUAGCUAGCUACGCUGUUAGCAUCUCAGCAGCGGUUCCGUCCACUUGAAGGCAUCAUUGAGUCCUACAAUAGUCUAACGUUAAACAGACUAACGUUACAUACAGUCUACGAUACCACAGAUAUCAACUAACGUUAAUAGUUAUUUAGCGUGCAGCGUGUGGUGGUGCUCGGUGAAUGAGAGAGCAGAGGAGCUCCGAGUUCUCCUGUUGAAUCCAGAGUGAGUCCAGCAGCCCCAGUGGACAUCUGCUGGAUUUCAGGACAAGAGAGGAAUGGAGGAGGACAACCAGAACCAGGAGCAGCGGAGCAACAAGGUCCCCAGAAGACAAGCAGCAGACUGGGACUCUGAUACCAGCCAUGUUCAGGAGCCCUCAGCAGAUGUCAAGCUGGCAACCGUAGCAGGAAAGAAGGGCAUAAAGGCCGAGGAGGAGGAGCAGCCUACAGCACCUCCUGCAGCUGCAACAGCAACAGCAGUGAAGGAGGAAGAGGAGGAGUAUGUGGUGGAGAAGGUGUUGGACCGCAGAGUGGUGAAGGGAAGAGUAGAGUUUCUGCUCAAAUGGAAGGGGUUCUCGGAUGAGGAUAACACAUGGGAGCCGCAAGACAACCUGGACCCCGACCUUAUCACAGAGUACAUGCAGAAACACGAGGAGGAGAAGAAGGAGGGCAAGAGGAAAGUUUUCAGUGAGGCCUCGGGUGACUCAGAGGAGAGAGGGAGCAAGAGGAAGGAGGAGGAGGAGAAACAGAGAGGAGGAGAGGGACCCAAACGUCACCACUGUCAACACUGUGACAAAUCCUUCACAACAUCUGGAUAUUUAAAGAUGCAUCAGAGAGUUCACACUGGAGACAAUCUACACCGCUGUGAUCUAUGUGGGGCAGUUUUCACACUACAUUGUUACCUAAAAAGGCAUCAACGCAUUCACACUGGAGAGAAGCCUUACAGCUGUGAUCAAUGUGGUUCAGCUUUCAAGCGACAGAAUAACCUAAAAAAACAUCAACGCAUUCACACUGGAGAAAAGCCUUACCGCUGUGAUCUAUGUGGUAAAACCUUUUCUCAGAAUGGUAACCUUAAAGCUCACCAGCGUGUUCACACUGGAGAGAAGCCUUACAGCUGUAAACAAUGUGGGGGAACUUUUUCUAUGAGUAGUGCGCUUAAAAGACAUCAACACAUUCACACUGGAGAGAAGCCAUACUGCUGUGAACAAUGUGGGAAAACUUUUACUGAAAGUAGUGACCUUAUAAAACACCAGCGCGUUCACACUGGAGAGAAGCCGUACUGCUGUGAACAAUGUGGGAAAAUGUUUUCUCAGAGUAGUGACCUUAAAAAACACCAGCUCAUUCACACUGGAGAGAAGCCGUGCUGGUGUGAACAAUGUGGGAAAAUGUUUUUUCGGAGCAGUAGCCUUAAAAAACACCAGCUCAUCCACACUGGAGAGAAGCCGUAUUGGUGUGAACAAUGUGGGAAAAAAUUUUCUCGGAGUAGUAACCUUAAAAAACACCAGCUCAUCCACACUGGAGAGAAGCCGUACUGGUGUGAACAAUGUGGGAAAGUGUUUUCUCAGAAAAGUAGCCUUAAAAGACACCAGCUCAUUCACACUGCCUCGUUGUGAACAUGUUUCCAAGCCAAGCUGUUUCCUCCUGCCUCCUCCUCAUGCCCUCAUGAUAGCUGUGUUGUUAUUUUCUGAUCUUCUCUCCAGUGCUUGAAUUGGAAGAAAAAAGGUGCCGGUACUCUAUUGCAUUGGCAAAUCAUUAUGACAUUUGAGAUUUCUAUAGUGAAAAACAAAACUUGGAGAUAUUGCUGGUACAACAACAAUUUUUUUGUUAUUUAUUAACAAUUUAAAUGUCUGCAUUUCUUUAAACAAG